UAUAUUGUUUUACAGUAAGGGAAAAGGAGUACAAUCUUGUACAGGUUGCCACGAGGACUAUUCGGUGCAAUUAUGGAAGAAGUAAACCAGAAGAUUGACAUCGCCAGCUAUUUCGUCAAUGUCCUUGAAGGAGACGAUAACAUGUCGCCAGGUAUCGCUGCAAUCAAAACGCUGCUAAUGGUUCUAGAAACCACAAAAUUCGAUACUGUUCAGGAGCUAGAUUCAACCAUCCAGGCUGCGGUCAGUGCAAUGCGUAAAACGGACAAACCCAUAACGUCGGUCGUAUCAGGCACAGAGCUUUUCUCGCGGUUUAUCACGCUGGCCAAGUUCGACGACAAAACGAUGGACGAAGUACGAGAAAUCAUGCUGCGGCGGGGGAAAAUGUUUCUGGCCAAGCUGCUCGAGAGCAGAAACGUGAUUGGCAGGCAGGCCCUCGCGUUUAUCAACGACGGAUGCCGUAUCCUGACCCACGCACGAUCCCGAACCGUUCGGCAAGCACUGGUUAUGGCGGCUAAACAGAAAAAGCAAUUCCACGUGUUCAUCACCCACAGCUUCCCGGACAAUCAUGGCACGCAGAUGGCCGAAGAGCUGGAAAGGGCCGGCAUCGAAUGUACGCUUAUCCUGGAUUCUGCCAUUGGCUACAUCAUGGAAAUGGUCGACAUGGUGAUGGUAGGCGCUGAAGGUGUGGUGGAAAGCGGUGGCAUCAUUAACAGACUCGGGACGGUGACGAUGGCUAUUUGUGCAAAAGAACUGAAGAAACCGUUCUACACGCUAGUGGAGAGCUUCAAAUUCUGCCGUUUGUACCCUCUCAACCAGCGAGAUCUGUCGAACGAGUAUAAAUACAACGAGAAAAAUCUAAACGAUACGACUAAAGUACACCCGAUGGUAGACUACACGCCACCUGGGUUUAUUACGUUGCUUUUCACUGACCUCGGCAUUCUGGCACCGUCGGCUGUUAGCGAUGAGUUGAUCAAACUCUAUCUGUAA